AUGGAAGCAGUUCUUGGACCUUCUAUCUCCGGUCUGCGUCGCUGGAGAAAAGACUGGAUGGGCCUUUCCAGAUUCGCUGCCGCCAAUCUUGCUGUUGGCGUGAAGUACCGGGACAUGGGAGAUGUCAUCUCGCACCAGGCCAAUGCCGGCGGCUUCUCGGUUGUGCGGACAUACUGUGGCCACGGCGUACAUCGGCUCUUCCACUGCCCUCCAAAUAUCCCUCACUAUACCGGUAAUUUGCUCUCGCCCCACUGUUGUGGCCUUUAUCUCUGA